AUGUCGUCUUCCGAAGCAGCGAAUGCUGCAAGUAGCCACCAGGAGCAGAGAGAGCAGAAGGUUCUUGAUGUCAUGUUUCUCUGCGACGAAUGGAAAUCUUCGAAGGGUGGAUUAUCGACUUUCAAUCGAGAAUUUGCCAUUAAUUUGGCAGAAGCGACGACUGGUAGCAUGAAAAUCCACUGCUAUGUCUCUAAUAGCGAUGAUCGGGACAGAGAAGAUGCUGAACAACAUGGUGUCAAUUUAAUCACAGCUCGAAGUGUUCCUGGUUCAGCCGACCCCCUCGAGUGCUUGAAGUUUCCACCCUCAAAGCUCCCAAAGCCACAUCUGGUAAUAGGCCAUGGAAGAAAGCUGGGUAGUCCUGCUUAUUCCCUUGUACAGAUUACAAAGUGUAAAUGGAUCCAAUUUGUUCACGUCUAUUGUGAGGACCUUGGGAAAUAUAAAGAAUCUGCUACGGCUGCAGAAGAUACAAUCGAAGAGAACGAGGAGAAGCACAAGAUGGAAAUUGAGUUGUGUAAAGCAGCGGAUGCAGUUGUCGCCGUUGGCUCCCGUCUACAACAGAAGUACAGCAGACGUCUCCUUAAUGUUGAAGUGAAGAUUAUCACUCCUGGGAUCUUUGGAAAGUUUUCCAAUGAAUCAAAAUUGGCUGUAGACAGAUCGGUAGUAAAGAAUUUUAAUGUGUCUUUGUUUGGCCGAGCUGCCUUUGAGGAUCUUUCCCUGAAAGGCUAUGAUGUAGUCGCAAAUGCCAUUGGUUCUCUUGGUAAGAACUUUGAGUUGACAUUUGUCGGCUCAUCUCCCGGUGAACAACGUAAAGUUGAGCAAUGGUUUCUUGACAACACGUGCAUCAACCGCAACCAACUAACCAUCCGUCGAUAUUGCAGUGAACAAGAGGAACUCAAGGUGAUGUUCUAUCAGUCAGAUUUGGUUGCUCUGCCAUCCCGUACCGAAGGAUUUGGGCUUGUUGCCCUUGAGGCCAUUUCUGCUGGUGUUCCUGUUCUUGUCUCUGGCGAAUCUGGCAUAACUGAGGCUUUGCAAAAAGUAGAAGGUGGAAACACUGUCAUUGUUGGAUCAGGUGAAGGUGAAGAUAAAGAUGAAUGGGCACGAAGGAUCAGAGAGAUGUAUGAAGAAAGUGCAGAAGAGAGAGAAGCCAAUGCUGUGAAGCUUCGCGAGAACUACAGAAAGGUUUACGCUUGGAAAGAAGAAUGUGAGAGGUUUAAACGGCUGAUUGAAAAUGUUGUGAAAACUGCAAAUGGUGAGCCUACUUCUUUUAAUUUUUCUUUUUUUUCAGUACAUUUGCUUAAAUUUUAUGCUACAUGUAUGAAGCUAAAUCUUAUGUGUAGACUGAGCCGCAUAAGAUAAACUGAAUACCGGUACAUGUAGAUAAGCACAAGAAUGAGUAAAGUGCACCUUUAGUCCUGAGUUGUUACAUUUAUCUAGACUUGUGGUUGGACUACAAGUGUUCAAGUGCACUGUCUUUUUGAGUGCUUUUUGAUAUGUUAGUGUACAGACUGAAUGUCUUAUAUCUGCCACCAAUCAGAUCUGCUGCAUCAGGGUAUUUACCUUGCACCAAUUAGAUUGCCACAUAAGAGUAUGAUUCUUGCACCAAUCAUUACAGCAUUAGGAUAUCUUACACCAUCCACAGCAUUUGGGUAUUGUUUUUCUUGUAAAUUAUGUCAUUGAAUUAGGGGACUGUGUACAAAGAAUGGUCUUAAUCAGAAAUUUUGGGCUCAUUUGUUAAGUGUAAUGGUUUUUGGCCUUUGCCUUAAGCUUGAGAUUUAUCAGGAUAUGGUAGGAUCACAUUUGACUUUUUGUUUCAUUUUUAAGUUAAAACAUGUUUUUUCCUUUCUUUUACUCAUGAUCCACAUGCUAAACAACUCACAUUCCAUCGAGUACCAUGGAAAUAAUGUUCAAAAUCCAAUCAGAACAUACCCAAUCAUUGCACUACAUGAACACUAUGCAAUUUUUCAUGUGCUUGAAUUGUACUCCACCAAUCAAAUUCCACUUUGCCCCUUUAGACUUUGCUCUAUCAUGUGUCAUUUCCUUGUAAGCAACCUGCAUUUUAUCACAUAUUCAAAAUGCAUUUUCCAACCCACAAAAAAAAAUUCACACAGAACUAAAUGGGACUGAUGGUGAACUUUUCAUUCAACUGCUACCAUGGACUUCAAAUUCCACUUUGCCCCUUUAGACUUUGCUCUAUCAUGUGUCAUUUCCUUGUAAACAACCUGCAUUUUAUCAUGUAUUUCACAUGUACAGGGCAAAGGCCAGAUAGGCAACAAUCAAUCAAGGAGCCCUCUUUGAAUUAUUUUCCUCUUCUCUUGUUUAAUGUAUCCUAACUUAUUCAAGAUUACGAUAUAUUUUUGGUGAGGGUCUGUUGGAAAUACAAUAGAGUUUCAGUUUGCUUUUUGUCAUAAAAUUAGGUGGAAUUCUAUUUUUUGGACAACUAACUGUAGAUGAAUAAUUUUCAUUUUCUAUCUGUUAGAGGAACAGCAGAGAUAGUGGUCUCUUUUGCAACUAUUAUUUGGUGUCUUCACACAACAUGCUCUCUUUCAAAUGGGGAAUAGAGGGUGUUGUGUGAUGGGACCCAACUAUGGCUGUGAAGGAGACAACAGUAAGUGUGGCGUGGAUGCAUUUAAUUUUUGCUGAGAAGUAUUUGGACAAUAGAGACAAUAGAUCACAAAAUACCUGUGUGAAUUCAGAUAAAUUAGGUUUUUAUUUUCUUUCUCUUAAGGUGAAGUAAUGCAAUAUUUUUGUUUGUUUAAAAGUUAUGCUCUUUUCCUGUUACAAAAAUGAAAACAUUAGUUAUACAAAAUGUCCUAUCUUAACCCACCCAGCCAGAAAAAUGACUCUUGCAUGCUAGGCAUGCCUAUGUAUCACCAUGGCUAGGUCUGUUUAGAUAUUUCCAUGUUUGAAACUAAUCUUUUAGAUCCAUCAGAAUUUUGAUUCUACUAUUGAAUGAGAUAAAGAUGCAAAAGAAACAAAAAUUGAGGCAAUAUAUAUAUACUGUAUGUGGUAAUCAUUUUCAUUUCAUCAAUAAUUAUGUUGUUGGUAUCUAUUCAUUGGUAACAAGCUCUAUGUUUGAUUGGUGUUGCCUCAUUGUAAUGUUCUCACAUUUCAGUGGUUAAUUAGGUAGAAGGUGGAAAAAACCUUGUUAUAUUAGGAUUAAAUGUGACUGUUACAAUUUAACAGGUGGUGAAAUGAAUAUUAAGGUUGAUGUGAAUUACUUGAAACCUAAAGAACAGAAUAUGCAGACUGGCAUGUUGGCAACAGAGACUGUCAGAUGCCAAGAGGUUAUACUGCCAAGGGUAUCUGCUACAUCAGCUGCAUCUGGAAGUGCGUCUUGUCCACAAACAGAAGAUCUCCACACUCGUAAAGAGGAAAUCUUUCUAUCAAUUAUUUUAAAUUAUUUCAAUUCCAUAAAGCCACAGUCUAUUGAAGAGUUCAAUAGGUUUAUGGAAUAUGCAGAAAAAAUGAGGCUCAUCAUUACUGGUGUCUCUAAAGGAAGUUUGGUGAUAACGGUGAGGUGUGAAUCUCUAAUGAUCUUGGAGGACUUGUGGACAGAUUACUCAUCUGGUCAUCUUGAUGAAGUGGUUCAGAAUUGUUUUGUAACUGAGGAGAUCUUGAAGGAACUGAACCUGGCUGAGCUGAGGCUGAAGACAACAAUAGACAUAGAAGAGUACAAUGCAUGCAAAAUGUUCUUUGAGAAAGAUGCACUUAGAGGUUGGUAG